AUGCAAAUUGGUGAGCCGCCUCUAGCGAGGUCGGCGUGUUCUGGUUUAGGGACGGAAGUGGAUCAAGCACUAGCGUCCACUAUUUUCCAUGAUCGGCCCGCCUAGACUAAACCUCUAAUGAGCUGUAAGCAUUGAGCAGUGCUGUCUUACAGCCUUCGGCUGCGUCCUAAUUACAUGAAGUGAGAGGCUUAGUGCCUACGGUAAAUCCAGUACUCUUUCGUUCCUUUAGUACAAGUUGCUUCAAUGAUGUGAGGCUGGGUCUCCAUUCUUAGAAACGAAGCCAACUCAAUUUGCGAAGCGAAAAGGGCUGUCUGCGUUUUCUUGUCCUUGUUUUUCUUUCAGAAUGAAAAAUAUCUUGCGAAUGUGAUCAAAAUGAAGAUGAAGGUCGCUGCACUCCUUGCGACCACAUUUAUCGACUUCGUGGCCUCGUGGGUUUCUGCCACCUGUCUACGAUUUUCGUG